CGACACAUCAUCUUCGAAACUUUCACUCUUUCGGGCGACAACGCUAAAAUUCAACCAGAUUUUCCUCCUUUUUUGUUUUUUCUUUUCACUCUUUUACCGUUGGGAGUCAGCGAAUUUAUUUGCGAUCUAAACACACUUUAUCUGUUCCCGAGAAAUUUGAGAUUUUUCAUCCAGUUCGAGAUAAGACAACGAUCGAGGAUAAGAGACAGACGGAGUUCCCUGUUGAAUAUUUCAAAGUCGCUCGAGUCACGUGGUCUCGACGACUGGCGAGUAACUGCUGUACAUUUGAAAACGAUUAUACCGGCGAACUGGCCAGCCGCGAAUCUGAGGCACCCGUCUCGUUGAAUUUCUGAUUUUUUUUAAAAAUAAAUAUUGAACAAGUGAGCGACCCACGCACACUCGUUCUUAAAAUCGAGCUUAAGAGACUCUUAUAUCGUCGACUAUACUGGAACCCAUCGACGCACGUUUAAAAUCUUUCUCCUCUCUCUCUUUGAUUCUCCACCUCCACUGUGUGGCACUCCUCCAGAGUGCGCUACGUUAGCGAAAUAACCAACCAUCGUGGGGCAAUUCUAAGCUUCCUUUCCCCGGCAAAACACAAGCAACCAGGCCGAUAAGAUGAAUGAGAAUGAUAAGUCAGUCAAGAGCGAGAACUCCCCGGAGGAGGAGGAGGACGAAAUGAUCGAGCGCGAAUUAGCCGAGGAUGCCGAAUGGAAGAGAAUACAACAGAAUACAUUUACGAGAUGGGCCAACGAACACCUUAAAAUAGUGAACAAACAUAUAAACGAUUUGGAAACGGAUCUAUCCGACGGUCUUGGUCUCGUUAGUCUUAUCGAAGUAUUGGCACAAAAGAGAUUACCGAAGCACAACAAAAAGCCUACUUUUCGAUCUCAAAAAUUGGAAAAUGUUUCCGUUGCUCUCAAGUUUCUUGACGACGAAGGAAUACGUAUCGUCAACAUCGAUUCCUCCGAUAUAGUUGAUUGCAAGCUCAAGUUGAUCCUCGGUCUGAUAUGGACGCUUAUUCUACAUUAUGCGAUCUCAAUGCCAAUGUGGGAGGGAGAAGAUGGCGAUGAUUCGGAGAAAGGAGCGACACCGAAGCAACGAUUGAUGCACUGGAUCCAAUCGAAAGUUCCGGAUUUACCGAUCAAUAAUUUCACUUCCGAUUGGAACGACGGUCGUGCGGUCGGUGCUCUCGUUGAUGCAGUUGCACCAGGAUUAUGCCCAGAUUGGGCCGAAUGGAAUCCCAAAGACGCUGUUCAAAAUGCUUCCGAGGCUAUGGGAUUGGCCGAUGAUUGGCUCAACAUUCCUCAGCUCAUCAAACCGGAGGAGAUGGUAAAUCCCAAUAUCGACGAAAUGUCAAUGAUGACCUAUCUCUCGCAAUACCCAAAUGCAAAGUUGAAAACAGGCGCGCCUCUGCGAGCACGGACGAAUCCGAACAGCAUUCCCCCACCGCGAGUACGCGCUUAUGGACCCGGUAUCGAACCCACGGGGCCCAUUGUUGGAGCGCCGGCAAAUUUUACGGUCGAAACUUUCUCAGCCGGCAAAGGCAACGUCGAGGUCACAGCCGAGGACUCGAAAGGAACAAAAAUACCGGUCGAGAUGAGGUUCAACAACGAUCGUAAUCUCACGUAUACGGUGUCGUACACACCGAAAUCCGAGGGUCCUCAUAGGGUGCGCGUCCUCUUCGGUGGCCGAGAAAUACCGAAAAGCCCGUAUACGGUACAGGUUGAAGGACAUCCGGGCGAUCCCGGUAAAGUGACCGCGAGUGGACCGGGCUUACAGCCGGAAGGCGUCGUCAUAAAUCGUCCAACUUACUUCGACAUUUGCACGAAAGGUGCUGGGCGCGGUGUACCGGAAGUCAUUAUAUUGGAUCCUCAGAGCUCAAAAACUUCGGUACCAGUGAAAUUACGUCAGACUUCGCCGGAAGUUUGGAGGUGCGAGUACGCAUCACCGAUCACGGGUCUCCAUUCGGUCAAUAUAUUUUUCGCCGGUAAACUUAUACCCGGAAGUCCGGUGGGCGUUACGGUAGCACCGGUUUCCGACGCGAAAAAAUGUCGAGCGUAUGGACGCGGAUUAUUGUCAUCCGGAGUCAGAGUCAAAGACAUUGCUGAUUUCACAAUCGUCACCAAGGAUGCCGGCGAGGGGAUCCCCGAAGCUCGUGUCAUCGGUCCCGGAGGCUCCAGCUUGCCCGUUCAGAUGAAGAAAAAAGAUUCAACGACUUACGAAUGUCAUUAUGUUCCGGUGAAAGAUGGCAGACACGUCGUUAUGAUUUCUUACGGUAAUAAAGAAAUUCCAAAAUCACCGUUCGAAGUAAACGUUGGACCUUACAAGGAAUCGAGCAUCCGAGUUUUCGGUCCUGGACUUUACGGAGGUGUCGUUGGGCAUCCGGCUAGAUUCACGGUUGACACGAACGGUGAGACCGGAGCUCUCGGCUUUUCGAUCGAAGGACCCUCCAAAGCUAAAAUCAAUUGCGACGAUAAUCACGAUGGUACCGCCGAUAUUUCUUAUCUUCCAACUAUGCCCGGACCGUACGCCGUUCAUAUUCUUUGCGACAACGAGGAUAUACCUAAAUCUCCGUACAUCGCUCACAUUCAACCAAAGUCUGACUUUGAUCCCAGCAAGGUGGAAGUUUACGGGCCUGGAAUACAACCGGAAGGGGUUGUCCGUGACAAACCAACGCAAUUCACCGUUGACGUGAAAAAAGCCGGACAAGCUCCUCUCGAAGUUUCCAUUCAGGAUGGUCUGGGACGCGAAGUACCGGUCAAGCUCGAGGACAAACAUGAUGGCACUGUACUCGCGCACUACGCUCCAACUUCCUUUUCUCAGCACCUAGUUAUGGUUAAUUAUGGAGGUGUCGCCACGAAAAAAUCUCCCUACCGAGUCAAGGUUCCUGCUCCUUUGAAUCCGGCGAUGGUGUCCGCUUUUGGUCCAGGACUGGACAAAGGAGUAAAAUCUAACGCAGCGACGCAUUUCAACGUCGAUUGUCGCGAAGCAGGCUCGGCUGAUCUUGACGUUGCAAUUUCAACUCCCGAAGGUCGUGAUCUUCCGGUCUCGUUGACCGAUAACGAAGACGGUACAUAUACCGUGGAUUACGUCGCCCCUCAGCCCGGUCUUUACACCGUUAAUCUCAAAUACGGCGGACUCAAAGUUCCCCAAUGUCCUUUGAAGGUCAACGUCCAGCCGCACGUAGAUGUCUCCAAAAUAAAAGUCGAAGGCCUUGAACCAACGGCACCGGUCAACAGUCUCCAACAAUUCCGGGUGAUAACGCAGGAUGCUGGAAAUACGGGUGCGGAUAUUCAAGUCUCGAUAACAACGCCAUCGGGGAAUCGUGUGAAGGCUCACGUGAUCCCGAGCCACGAUGGUUACGUAGUUAAUUUCACACCAACGGAAUUGGGAGAAUAUCUUCUGGGAAUAAGUUUUGGGGGUGAACCGCUGAAAUCGUCACCUUAUCGUUUGAACUGUGUGCACGGGAGUGAUCCCUCGAAGGUACGUGCAUCGGGUCCGGGAUUGCAUCGCGGAGUAGUAUGCAAACCGGCUGAAUUCGUAAUCGACACACGCGGAGCCGGUCAAGGUGGUUUGGGAGUUACGGUCGAGGGUCCUUGCGAGGCUGCCAUCAAUUGUCGUGACAACGGCGAUGGAACGUGCUCGGUUGCGUACUUACCGACCCAAUUUGGCGAUUACGGGAUCAACAUUACUUUCAAUGAUCGUCACAUACCGGGCUCACCGUUCCAGGCGAUCAUCGUCAGCGAGCCUGAUCUCACAAAGAUCAAGGUCACCGGAAAUGGCAUUCAGCCCCAUGGCGCUUACGUGAAUAUACUGACCGACUUCACCGUCGAUACAAGAGCCGUACCCAAAAGUAAAAGCGACGAGGGAAAAAUAGGAUGUUCGAUCACGAAUCCGAGCGGUGGAAGAACGGAAAAGAUCAUAACCCCGCAGAGCGACGGUACAUAUCGCAUCAGUUAUACCCCCUUCGAGGAAGGUCGUCAUACCAUUGAUAUCUUGUACGACAACGUGCCCAUUCCUGGAUCACCGUUUUCCGUCAACGUCAAACGUGCCUGCGAUCCCACCAAGUGCAGAGCAUUCGGGCCUGGCCUUGAAAAGGGUUUUAUCGGUAAACCAAACAAAUUCACGGUUGAAACGACUGGUGCCGGGAACGGAGGUCUCGGUCUCGCGAUCGAAGGUCCGAGCGAGGCGCGAAUGACUUGCGUCGAUAAUUACGAUGGUUCGUGCAGCGUCGAGUAUGUACCAACCGAGAUAGGGGAUUACGACGUGGGAAUAAAAUUCGGCGACAAGCACAUACCGGGCUCACCGUUCAAGGUGCAGGUUGAAGCUGCGAUUGAUGCGAAGGAUGUGACAGCGUAUGGUCCGGGUUUGGAGCCCGAACAAGUUCGCGAGGGUGUACCAGCCACGUUCGUCGUAGACACGUCGGCAUGCGGCCCGGCGAGCCUCGACGUCAAACUCAAAACCGACAAAGGUAUCAUGUCCAAACCAGAAAUCGAGAAUCGCGGGGAUGGCGUUUAUGAGGUUACUUAUACACCAACACCAGCCGGAAGCAACAUACAAAUUGGUGUUACUUACGGCGGUCAAGAUAUCGCUGACAGUCCCUUCAAUAUCAAAGUUUUGCCAACCUGCGAACCUAACAAGGUCGCCCUUUCGGGUCCUGGAGUCGCUAAGGCUUGCACAGCAUCAUUCCCAGUCGAUUUCCUCGUUGAUACUUCGAAAGCGGGCUACGGUGACCUUGAAGUUCAAGUUCUGGGUCCGGACGAAUCUCCGCGAAAAGUGACUGUCCAAAAUGUCGGUGAGGGCAGAUACAAGGCGACUUAUUUGCCGGACGAUUGCGGACGUUACAAAGUUAACGUCAAGUACGGCGGCAAAGAAGUUCCCGGGAGUCCAGUUAUGGUACAGAGCGUUUCUACCGGCAAAGCCGAUGAGUGCAAGAUCAAGGAAGGUAUACAGCAAACCCUGGCGCAAGGCGAAGAAUAUUGCAUUACGGUUGAUACUGGCAACGCUGGACGGGGCGCUCUCACGUGUCGGAUUAGAUCAACUUCCGGAAGCGAGGUCGUCGAUAUUGAUAUUGAAGACAACGGUGAUGGAACCGUAAACGUUUAUUACACGGUUGCCGAUGCCGGUGACUAUACCCUGAGCAUUAAAUUCGGUGGGCAGCCAAUUCCAAACGGCCUCUACACCUUUACCGCAUCGGAGGAAUAUCGGGAGCACAGCAGCCACAAAACUCAUCGUGGCAAAAGAACGGGUGAUCGUCAAUCGGAGCAUUUGGUAAAGCAGGAGCACAGUUCGAGCGUAGAACAGAGUUCGAGUAUAAUUACAAAGCGUAGUACUACAAGUACCCACGAUACCAGCUCUAAGAAAAAGUACAACGGUGUAAGACUCAACGGUAUUCCAUUGCCAUCGGAAAACGGAACAGUUACCGCUGACGUAAAAAUGCCGAGUGGGAACGUCGACAAGCCCGUGAUCGAGGACAACCGAGAUGGAACCGUUUCCGUUAGGUACGAUCCACGGGAAGAGGGUCUUCAUGAGCUCGCUGUUAAAUUCAAUGGUGAACACGUUCAAGGUUCGCCAUUCAAGUUCCACGUAGACUCGCUAGCGAGUGGUUACGUGACGGCAUACGGUGCAGGACUUAUUUACGGCGUCUGCGGAGAGCCUGCAAAUUUUACGAUUUCAACGAAGGGCGCGGGUGCCGGUGGAUUGGCCCUCGCGGUUGAAGGACCCAGUAAAGCUGAUAUUUCGUGUCAUGACAACAAAGAUGGCACAGUUUCCGUAUCUUAUCUCCCAACAGCUCCGGGAGAGUACAAGAUUUCCGUAAACUUCGGGGACAAGCCCAUCAAGGGUAGCCCUUACGCGGCUAAAAUCACUGGCGAGGGUCGAAAACGAAAUCAAAUAUCGGUUGGAUCAUCGAGCGAAGUUCAACUGCCAGGAAAGGUAACGGAUUCGGAUAUCCGUUCGUUGAACGCUUCUAUAACGGCACCGAGCGGCCUGGAGGAGCCGUGCUUCUUGAAGAACAUGCCGUCGGGUAACAUGUGCGUUUCGUUCACCCCCCGUGAAUCGGGUGAACACGUAGUCGCGGUAAAGCGCAUGGGAAAGCACAUUGCGAAUUCGCCAUUCAAGAUAAACGUAAAGGAACGCGAGGUCGGUGACGCGAAAAAGGUUCAAGUUAAGGGUCCGGCGUUGAAGGAAGGCAAAACCCACCAGGAGAAUACCUUUUCGAUCGAUACGAGAGACGCGGGCUUCGGUGGUUUGUCAUUGUCGAUGGAAGGCCCAAGCAAAGCUGAGAUCCAGUGCAAAGAUAAUUCGGACGGAACCCUUAGCGUUUCCUACAAGCCAACGGAGCCUGGUUAUUAUAUAAUGAAUCUCAAGUUCGCGGAUCAUCAUGUCGAGGGUUCGCCCUUCACCGUAAAAGUCUCCGGCGAGGGUAGCAAUCGUCAGCGCGAAAAGAUUCAGCGUCGUAGCGAAGCUGUACCCAUAACCGAGGUCGGCAGUCAGUGCAAGUUGACUUUCAAAAUGCCGGGCAUCACGUCCUUUGACUUGGCUGCGACCGUCACCUCCCCCGGUGGCGUUACCGAGGACGCUGAGAUCAAAGAAGUCGAGGAUGGUUUGUACGCCGUAGCUUUUGUCCCCAAGGAGCUCGGAGUUCACACAGUUUCCGUGCGUUACAAGGAAAUGCACAUACCCGGAUCACCCUUUCAAUUUACCGUUGGGCCUCUUCGAGAUGGGGGAGCUCACAGAGUUCACGCCGGUGGUCCUGGACUCGAGAGAGGCGAACAAGGAGAACCCUGCGAAUUCAAUAUUUGGACCAGAGAAGCCGGGGCUGGAACCCUAGCCGUUUCUAUCGAGGGCCCUAGCAAAGCACAAAUUGACUUCAAGGAUCGCAAGGACGGAAGCUGCUACGUCAGCUACACCGUCGCAGAACCUGGUGACUAUAGAGUGGGAAUAAAAUUCAACGAUCAACACAUUCCCGAUUCUCCGCACAAACUUUACAUCUCACCCGCGAUGGGAGAUGCUCAUAAGCUCGAAGUAGCACAAUUCCCUGACGGUGGUGUACAGCCGGAUAAACCUGCGACUUUCCUUGUUCGUAAGAACGGAGCCAAGGGCGAACUUGAUGCCAAGAUCGUUUCACCGAGUGGAAUAGAGGAUGAUUGUUUCAUCCAGUCGAUCGAUGCGGAAGAAUAUUCGGUGAGAUUUAUGGCCCGCGAGAAUGGAAUACACAACAUCCACAUCAAAUUCAACGGGGUUCACAUAAACGGAAGUCCGUACCGCGUUAAGGUUGGCAAAGUCGAUGCCGAUCCAGCUGCAUUGCACGCGUUUGGCAAUGGCCUCAAGGAAAUAAAAACCGGCCAAAAAACCGAUUUUAUAAUCGACACGUGUAACGCAGGCUCCGGAGCUCUUGCCGUUACAGUCGACGGACCUAGCAAAGUAGCUAUGGAUUGUACCGAAGUCGAAGAAGGUUAUAAGGUCAGAUAUACGCCUCUCGUACCUGGCGAUUAUUACAUCAGCAUCAAGUACAACGGAUAUCAUAUCGUCGGUUCACCUUACAAGGUCACAGCAACCGGUGCGGAUCUUGCCGAGAGAGGAGCUCAGGAAACAAGCUCGAUUAUCGUCGAGACGGUAUCAAAGGUAUCAAAAUCGAAGCAGACAGGUCCAGUUUUACCGCUGUUCAAAUCGGACGCGAGUAAGGUUACGAGUAAGGGUAUGGGAUUGAAGAAAGCCUACCUUGGAAAGCAGAAUCAGUUCACCGUUAACGCUGGGGAUGCCGGCAACAACAUCAUUUUCGUGGGAGUUCACGGACCGAAGGGACCCUGCGAAGAAGUUUUCGUCAAGCAUACCGGUCGGAAUAAUUACAACGUGAGCUAUUUGGUACGAGAGAGAGGCGAAUAUAUCGUAAUAGUCAAAUGGGGAGACGAUCAUAUUCCCGGAUCACCUUACAAGGUCGACGUCUAGACUUAGGCACAUAUAUCCAAGUUUAUGGAACGAUGCGAUAACUAAUAAUACAUAAACGCGGGAAAAUCGUUACUUUUGAAUAAAUGAAACAACAAGUUGGAAGGACAAAAGGGUAGGGGAGAAGGAUAGGGGCCGGACAGCUCGGUUUUUCCGACACUUACGAACAUUCGUUAAGAAAGUAAAAAAGUAAAAAACGAGAAAGUGUGUCUUACGAUGUCUAAUUUUUUAGCUUUUCUCUCUUUAUUUUUUUCAAAACAAAUGGGCUUACAAAUUCCCAAAAAUGAAGCUGUCCGGCGUUACCCACCGUUCGGUGCUAUCCACCUCUCCCCUAUUUUUCUCACGAAACAAAAUGAUAAAUAUUUUUGAGAUACUAUUUUUUGAAUAUCGGCAAAAUACAAAAUACAAGGUCAUCAAUAGUGACUUUGAGCUGACAUAUUGAAUUAAUCCCUCGUUCAUAAAAAUAUUCUUGUAACGUUAACUAUUUUACCCAGCUGCAAAUAUAAAUUCUCUCAUAAACGUCAAACAAAAUGAUAUAACAUGAAAAAACAAUUGAAAGAAACUUUCUACAAAUUGAAGGAAUCAAUGACAUUAUUAUCGUUAUUGUUAUUAUUAUUAUUAUUAUUAAUACUAUCAUCAUCGUAGCUAUAUAUUGUGAAGCUUGCAACGGGACGCGCGUGAAUGCACGAAUCAUCGUUUCGAAUUUCGGCCUAACGAGACGAAGAAAUAAAUAACAAGAACACCGACGAAAUCUCUGGAUCCUCAAUACCAACGUGCCUUCGACACUAUUAUCACACUCAACGAUAUAUGGCGUCAUGAAAAUUUUUUUCCUGUCGGGCCAUAAAUAGAAAUUAUAUCUGUAUUAGAUGCGAGCGAAUAUAUACAAAUAUAAAAAAUCGUUUGUAUUCGCAUGCAUCUUUCGUUCGAUCAUUUCACAUGCUAACUACAUUUUAAUGAAUGCAAAUGAGCAUGCAAAUGAAAAUAUAUCAGACACGCGCGCGAACACACACACACACACGCACACACACACUUAUAUAUACAGUCUGUUAUAAAAUUAGAAUAGAAAUAAAAUACAAUAUAUUUAUUAAAA